GGGAGCUGACUCCCACGGAGUGAUCCUUGAAAUGGGCUUUGCUGUAUGAAGUUGACUUGGUACCUGCAGUUCUGGAGGAAGGUUGGAGACGGGGGAGCUGACCCAGUGGAACAGAAAACCCUCAAAGAUGAGAAGAAAACCACUUCCGGGGACAAAAAUUCAAACACGAGGAAUCCUAUUUUCUUAGUGUACUUCACUGACCUAAGCCAUAUUCGAGUCUAGGAAUGUAACCAUAUAUCGUCACAAGGUUAUUACUGGGGUCAGUCUGGAAAUAGGGAGAGUGGGAGUUACGGGUUUUCUAACUUGGAGGAGGGGUCAGUUUUAAGAGCCGCUCACCUUCCCUCGGGUUUCCCCGUUUUGCUUUCUUUCAGAAGGCAGAUGGAGUGCCGGCCCCCGAGCCAAGGAGAUGGGGAGCGCACCGACGAGUGUAUGCUGGCCGGUGCCCGGGACCAGGGUCCCUGAAGACCCCGCCUGGCCUCAAACCUGGCUGCUCGAGUGCCUCUGCUGACCUGAAAUGGACAACUUCCAGUACAGCAUCCAGCUGAGUGACCAGGACUGGGCUGAGUUUUCGGCCACGAUGGAAGAGUGUGACCUCCUGCAGGCCAGCCUGGCCUCCGGGGACGAGCUCUUGUCCAGUGACAUUGACCAAGGAGACAGCAGUGGCAGCAGUCCUCCUGGGCCUCCACCCCUUCUCGAGGGGCAGCCGGCUUCUGGGGGGAGGGACUGGCCUGGCUUCAAGGAGGAGGACAAGGCAGCUACCCGGCCGCUGGUCAGCAGGUCUUGGCAUGAGCCUGUCUUGGCCCUGGGGGCCGAUCAGCAGACGCCCAGCACGUCCGCACGGUCAGAAGCUUUGCUGUCCCUCAGAUCUGAUGCUGCCCCCGUAGGCCAGAGCUUGUCCCUUCUAGGGCCAGUGUCUUCCAGAGACAAGAUGCAGAGGCUUCUGCAGGGGCCGGCCCCCCAGGGCCCUGCCCCUAGCCCCCCUGGUGAGCCUCCCCAGAGCUCUGAGUCUCCUGGCUGCAGCACGGCUCCCCAGAGGCCCCCUGGCAGCCCUGGAGCCCCGCCACGCAGCCCUAGCCGAAAGAAGAGGCGUGCUGCUGGAGCCAAGGGGGGCGGGUGCUCGAGUACCCCCGGCUCUGCUCCCACCCAGCACAGUUCCCUGCUGCUUGCUGAGGCCAGGCCCAAGGAGGGCCUUGGCCUGGCUGGGUCCAGGGGGAAGUGUCUCCCGGCUGGGACAGCAGAGCAGACAGCAGGAACCAGCCAGGAUGAACCGGGUCCAGAGUCUGCAGGAGCCCCUGCACAGGUGACCAGGCAAGGAACAGAUCUGGAUCUGUUUACACCUGUCCCUACGACCGAGGAAGGUACGAACCUACUCAGAAUGACCCCUGGAGCUGAGCUACACACCGUGUCCACACCUGCCCAGGAGACUCAUCCAGAUAUCUCAAUGGCUAAGUCAGAUGUGGCUCUGUCUACACCUGCUUCCAAGUCUAGACUGGACAUGGACCUGCCUAUGCUGAGCCCAGUGGUUAAGCAGGAGGGGGACUCAUCUACACUGGCUCCACCUCACCUGGUUUCCAAGGCCCAGUCUGACGUGGGUGUGUCUGUAGCUGCUCCCAUUCCCCAGGCUGGGCCUGACGUGGGGAAGGUGGGGGUUGCCCCAACGGCCAGGCCAUGUUUGAGCCCUGUUGUGUCUCCAGGAGGACACCGAGAGAAGCCCAGAGAGGAGCCUUCAGCAGGGGCCCCCGGACAUCACUCAGGGGAGCCCCCACUAGGCCCUGUCCGAGCACCCAAGAAGAAGAAAGUGCGAUUUUCCGUGGCUGCACCCAGCCCUGAGGAGCCAGGUUCAGGAGAGACCUCAGGCCCACCCUCACCAGCCACAGCCCGGCCCUCACCCCCCAGGACAGCAGUAGGGGGCCGAGGGGGGCCUGGAGGCUGGGACGCCAUGGCAGUUGGGCCCCGGUCUCCCCAGCCUCGGAUCCUCAAACACCUGCCUCCCCCUUCCCCCUCUGCGGCAGUGGGGCCCAGGCCCAGGAGCAGCUUUGCAGUGACACUCCCAGAGGCCUAUGAGUUCUUUUUUUGUGACACGAUUGAGGAGGAGGAUGAGGAUGCCGAGGAGAUGGCCGAAGCUGACCAGGCCCUGGACGACGUGCAGUGGCCAGACAUGUGUGAAUUCUUCUUCCAGGACCGCCGAGCCCAGAGGUCUGGGCACCGGGGGAGCCACUCUGUGGCCCAACCCCCACAAGCUGAGCCUGUGCCAGCCCUUCCACCUGGAAACCCUGUGCCCAUCUCCAUCCCUGAGGCCUAUGAACACUUCCUUGGGGAGGACUCGUCGGGGAGCACGCUGGAGCUGGCUGCUCUUCUCCAGCUACAGGCCGCGGAGCCCCCCAGCUUGGUGCCCUGGGGCGUGGAGCCUGGCACCCCACCAGAGCCUAGCCCGGCCACAGCAGAGCAGCUCAAUCUGGCAGUCAGUCAAGCAGGGGAGCCCCGAGAUCCUCUCACCUCAUUUACCUUCAGCCAGAAUGACAUGUGCCUGGUGUUCGUGGCCUUUGCCACCUGGGCUGUGAGAACGUCAGAUCUGCAUACCCCAGAUGCCUGGAAAACAGUCUUGUUGGCCAACAUUGGUACCAUCUCUGCCAUCCACUAUUUCCGCCGGCAGGUGGGGCAGGGACGCCGCAGCCGCAGCCGCAGCCCCAGCCCCAGCUCUUAGAACACAGGCCUGGUCCGGGAAGACACAGGACAAAGAAAUGGCCACAGGUGCUGAGGACGAGCGAGGUGCUGCCCUCAGGUCUUGCCCUUUGACCCCUGUGUUCUGUGGCGUCUAGGAAGGAGCCGGUGUUCUUGGUCCUGCUCCCUUGGAUUCCACCCAAAGAUCUAAGCACAGUCUAUAAGGCCAAGGCCGUGCUUCGCACCGGGAGGAAGGAGGUUCCGGAGGGCUGGGUGGGUAGGUGCU